CGGUUUUAGCCGGUAGACUAUAACAGCAACACCAUUUCCGGUAUCACCGGAAGUAAUUUGAAAAUGGCGGCUUCCUCGCUGAACAGGCCGGCUGCCGGGACUGGGAAAAGUGAAUUUCGGAAUCAGAAGUCAAAGGUAGAGAACCGAGAUGAAUCAGAGCUACUUACUGUUCCUGAUGGUUGGAAGGAACCAGCCUUUUCCAAAGAAGACAAUCCCAGAGGACUCUUGGAGGAGAGCAGUUUUGCAACCUUGUUUACACAGUAUCGAGAGGCUUACUUGAAAUAGUGUUGGCCUUUGGUGCAGAAAGCAUUGAAUGAACAUCACGUUAAAGCAACCUUGGACCUGAUCGAGGGCAGCAUGACUGUUUGUACUACGAAGAAGACUUUUGAUCCGUACAUCAUCAUUAGGGCCAGAGACUUAAUAAAACUGUUAGCAAGGAGUGUUUCAUUUGAGCAGGCAGUACGAAUUCUUCAGGAUGACAUUGCAUGUGACAUCAUCAAAAUAGGUUCUUUGGUAAGAAAUAAAGAACGAUUUGUAAAAAGAAGACAACGGCUUAUUGGUCCCAAAGGAUCUACAUUGAAGGCAUUGGAACUCUUAACAAACUGUUACAUUAUGGUUCAAGGAAACACAGUUUCAGCCAUCGGACCUUUUAAUGGAUUAAAGGAGGUUCGAAAAGUAGUCCUAGAUACUAUGAAGAAUAUUCAUCCAAUUUAUAACAUUAAAACCUUAAUGAUUAAACGAGAGUUGGCAAAAGAUUCUGAAUUACGAUCACAAAGUUGGGAAAGAUUUUUGCCACAUUUCAAACAUAAAAAUGUGAAUAAACGCAAGGAACCAAAGAAAAAAACUGUGAAGAAAGAGUAUACGCCAUUCCCACCACCACAGCCAGAAAGUCAGAUUGAUAAAGAAUUGGCUAGUGGUGAAUACUUUUUGAAAGCUAGUCAGAAGAAACGACAGAAGAUGGAAGCAAUAAAGGCUAAACAAGCAGAAGCUCUCAGUAAGAGACAAGAGGAAAGAAACAAAGCUUUUAUUCCACCUAAAGAAAAAUCAGUAGUGAAACCUAAGGAAGCUUCUACUGAUACUAAAAUUGAUGUGGCUGCCAUCAAAGAGAAAGUUAAGAAAGCAAAAAAUAAGAAACUGGGAGCUCUUACAACUGAAGAAGUUAAGCUUAAGAUGGAAGCAGAUGAAAAGAAAAAGAAGAAAAAAAAGUAAUAUACAAAACCCUCUAAAUUAGAAUA